UAUAUCUCCAGCUUCAAACCAUCCCACACAUCGCGACUCAUCGUCCCCAACUCUCGCUCUCGCCAUUGAUUGACGCCCAUCGCCUCUCCGCACCUCCGACGCUAGACCGACUCGCUCCUCGACCCAGCUCCUCGACCUCCGACAUCACACAAUGGACCAUAGCGGCAUGGAUCACAGCGGAAUGGGCCACGGUGGCAUGGACCACGGCGAUGGCGGCAUGCACGACAUGUGCAGCAUGAGCAUGCUCUUCACCUGGGACACGACCAAUCUCUGCAUCGUCUUCCGCCAGUGGCACGUCCGCUCCACCACAUCCCUCCUCUUCUCCCUCCUCGCCGUCGUCCUCAUCGCCGUUGGCUACGAAGCCCUCCGAGCCCUCUCUCGCCGAUAUGAGGAGACCCUCGCCAAGAGUGUCCAGGCCCUGCCGAGUAAGCUAGAAUCCCUACUCCUUGCCAUAUCCCGUACCGCAAAGACUGCAUAUCAUUCCCAUUCCGAAAGGCUGGGGUCGCCAAGAAGUGGUACUGUUACUGAGACGACUCCUAUGCUUUCAGGGCAGAACCAGGGCCAGGCAGAUCAACGCGCCCACAUCAUCAAGGCUGUUCUUUACGCCCUGCAGAACUUCUAUGCCUUUAUGCUAAUGCUCGUCUUCAUGACCUACAACGGAUGGGUCAUGAUUGCUGUAACGCUGGGUGCUUUUAUUGGUUAUGUUACCUUUGGACAGAAGACGUCAGCCACCAAGGACAAUGCUUGCCAUUAAUCAAGUAUGAUGCUGUCAUGUGCACAAGUGGGUCGAUUGGAUAAUAUUGCGAGCCUCUGUAAUGUCCUCUUGUGGUGUCCUCUAGAUAUGAGACAUCCGCUAUUCUACGACUUUGGAUUGCCCAUG